AUGAGGGGUUAUCUUCACAGUGCGCCUACCCCCACCCCCGCCCCGCCUUUCCGUAACGCCUGCAUAAAACAAGGACCAGGCAUUGCUACCCCGGGUGAACUCUACCCUUCAGAAAAUAAUGAGCUGCCUGAGCGAAGCGCUCCCUGGAUACAAAGGAACCAACAAGACUGGGCAUU